CGGAGGGAUAAUCUGGGAAACUCGAGAUGCCCCGGAUUAAAUCAAAAGCUUCAUCACCGGUUUACGACUCACUUAUUUGCGCAGUGCCGCUGGCGGACGCGAGGAGUUAGCCUUCGGCACAAGGGGUGCAUUUCGUUCCCGUCUUCUCUCGUGUCUUGCUGAUGGCCCAGGCCAAGGCAAGUCCCGCGCUGCGGGCAGCAUUCGGGAAUCGCCUCUCCGAGCUUACUACCAUAUUCAGUCCGCCAUGCCCGGUGACAUGGCUGAUAACCACGACGAAAGUCCCAUCACAAUAUCCACCGUUUCCUACGACCGGACCCGCCUCCUGCGACCCCCCGUCCUGGGAGGAUAAUAUUGCGCAGAAAGGUUUCGGGUACUACUCGCCGGCUAUCUGCCCAAGCGGAUUUGUUGUAGGUUGCACUGCAAGCAACGAUCGAAUAGGAGAAGGCUUUCCCGCUAUCAUAGCUGGGGAGACGGCCAUGUACUGCGUCCCAAGAGGCUUUACCUGCACCUCAGAUACUACAGACUUUCGCGGGGGCGUUUGGGGCUUUAUGCGUACAACAUCAGCGAAUGGUUUCCCGGCUACCGUGGGACCGGCACUCCAGAUCCGCUGGCGAGAAGAAGACCUAAUCCACCUCGCUACGGAUCCUUUAACUCGUGGUCCGAUUACAACCUCAACUAGCAAUUUUACGCCGACACCUGGUACCUUCCCUCUGCCCGAAGCCACUAUAUCUACUUCUAGGACGCUGCCAGCCCCAGUAUCAUCGACGGUCCUGCAAAUAACGUCACUUACACCAACAAGAGCGAUCGAAAUCAGCAAAUCGUCAACAACUUCUGAACCUACUUUAACAACCACCGUGAAGGAAGAAUCGGCAAGUUCAUCAUCAUCUCCACCCACAAGCAAGCCAAUUUCAACAUCUAUCCAGCCUGGCGGCAUGCCCGCCGCAGAUAACGGAGGCACUACGGAUCGGAGCGGGGCCGAUGGAAAUGCCUCUAGUAGCGCUGCCUCAGGCGCUGAUAUGGCAGCUAUGGCAUUAUCUGGAACUUUAAUCGGUAUUAUACUAGGGUACUUCGCAACAAUAAUAUUUCGUCGGUACCGCCGGUAUCGAGCGGGUGAGAUAGAAAGGUUCCUCCCUUUUGACGUCAGUGCUUUAGCAAGUCGACUUUUUGCAAAGCGGAAGAACGGAUUGCUCUCGCAUCAGACUACGGUUAUACGACCGCCUAGAUAUCCAGGUGCCGAGCUGGGUACAGAUGGACCAAUACCGGAGCUGGGCGCUGGAAGCCCUCUGGGUACGAAAGAGAACCCAGCAGAAUUAGGCGUCGACAAUGCGAGAAAUAGCUGGGUGUCACGGGUAUCGCGAAUAUUUACCGUAAAACUAAGAAAGGAAGUGUGGUCAGUUUAAUAGGUUACCUCAUUUUCGUAAGAAGUAAUGUUGUCUAGACUGUUACCUAGUCUGGCUCUAUCUGCUCAUCAUUUAACCCCUAAACGAAUAGCGUAUGGUGAUCCGAAGCUCACGGGCAUUGGUGGAAUAGAUAACCUAGGUAGAUCCAUACUUCAGUGAUAAUCGGGGAUUAAUAC